AUGACUACAAAGUAUGCCAACCUGAAGCCGCUGACAAAGGACAGCAGUGCCAUCUCUGGCCCUGUUGCGGUACUCAAAUGGUCCCAUAGCAUUGUCGAAGAGCACAAUUUCCUCAAUGAGUAUGCAGCCAUUGAGAAUGCGCGUUCUCUUGCUUUGGAUUUGGGCUCUUACAAUGGCGUUUUCAGUGACACAAAGCCUUGGACAAUCACAUCCAGGACCCCAUCAUCUCGUCGGAGCUUGGGUUUUGCUUCCGACGUUGACGUUCUGAUGGGACUAGCUGAUGAGAUCACCAUGUACAAGGUUACUGUUCCCGAAUUUUGUCUUGGCAAUGGAAUCAUGCCCUGGAGCGCUGGUUUACUCCGAGGAGGUGAUUUUGCAGUGCCCAUACAAGACACUCAUGAAGAACAUCAACACGUUCCAGAUGACAAUUCAUCCAUGAUUCAUGCGUCUGGGAUCAGUAGCGAUACCUUUGAGACUGCUCCAUCGUCUCCAACAUCAGUGCCUGCCUUCAAUUUUGGUCAUGACCAUCCUGCCAAUGCUCGGACAGGUUCCCAGAUCCCAUCUUGGGGACGCAACAUACUCCAUCUUCUGGAAGAGGAAGGGGUUGUUGAAGACGAAGAAGACGGCCCCGUCAUCAUGGUCAGUUCAUUUUAUAUUGAUCAUGAGACGCACAGAUUUCAUGAUGAGCCGAGAAUCUUGCGUUUUGACCAUGAUUAUGAGGAAUGGGAAGCUGAUGUGCGCUUCAUCUGGGAGGACAUGGUGGACAAUCAGGCGCCAUUGGACAUUGUCAUUGUUCGUCCUGAGCCCCCACAUAUCCCUUUUCGUGGCACGGUGGCGACGGUCAUUGUGCACCAACAUCAACGACCAGACAGGGCAGCGUGCCUCAUCACUGCGGUGCACAUCAUGGAUCCAGCAACCACCUUUCGACAUUCCGCCCAUUCAACUGAGCUUCUUCUUCCACAUGCAAGAGUACGUCAGUUAGCUGGAGUGGAUCACAUUUGCUUGCAACGAGAGGAACAAGGAGCUGGACAAUGCACUGUCCACAUUGGCCACCAACUUCAACCUCCAGCUCAUGAUAUUGCGAUACUUCAUGGUUUGAGUCUUCACAUACGAAUCCCGUCUACUCUUUCCAUUGAGGAGGCUGAGCAAAAUCUUUGCAGGAGAGUUCAACAAAAUCGACGACAACAAUCGGGACAUAGCUGGGACCCACCGGACAGUCAAGUAGGCUCACCUGAAGAUGAUCACCCUUUGCCCGUGGAUGGACCACAUGAACCCGAAGAUGCCAUUUCUUUUAUGGGAAAAAGACCAAGACCGGCCAGAUCAUCCAGACAUCGACCCAUUGAAAUCUCAUCGUCCUCUACAUCACCUGAGACGAUUUCGUCUCCUGACAAUGGCUUGAGAUGGAGACAGACAGUCAUCUUCACCAUGGAUGGUCUGUCAACCUCCGCACAAUUGCCAUGGGGUGAUUCUGAUGCUCUUUUCAGUCAAAUUGCAGCGGCAUUAGACAUUGCGAGAAGGGACAUUCUCCGAGUGGUUGCAGUGCCCCAUCGACCGCCUGAUUAUGACCCAGUGAACUUGCACUGCAUGAUACUGCAAAAGUUGACAGAGUUUCGCCCUACACCCUAUGUGCGUUUGGUUUUGGUUGAUCGUGAACUACAUGUUGCACAGAAUGUUCAGACAUCACCAUUCCGUAGAUUUCCAACUUGGAUUCCACAUGUCCUCACGAGGACAAGACUUUUGACCGAACUUGGCCUUGGCGACCUAUGUGAUUCACAAGGCUCACCAUGCCAUGUAUGGAAAAACAAUGUUCUUGUUGAGGAGCACUCCAUCACACGCCUGGAAAUUGCAGAUGGAGACUACAUCAGACUCUAUGUGGGUGAUCUUGAUGGACAGGACACUUGUCUGUCUGACAUUGAUCUGAGAUUCAGUGAAGAGGCAGAAGAAGCUACGAUCACAGAGGACGUCGAUGAUGCUUAUCUCUUUCAGAAGGCCAUGCGACAAUUUGAGCAUACUUGCUCCAAAACCCUGCGUGAUCUUGAGCCUCACAAGUGUAGGAUUGCACCUGAUCAUGUCACUACUGGACGCCGGCUCGACUUACCAGGACGAGCUGCACAUCAAGAACAGAGACAACCUGUACCGACCCAGGAUUUCCAUCAAGGGGAUUUUCAGCGUUUGGGAACCUGGUUUGAUCGAGAUUCUCUCAUUGAGUGCAGUGAUGAAGGUGCAAUCGCUUACAUUGACACAUGGUACAUCCAUCAUCAACGUCAAAGCAUUUGUCGAGAAGCACGACCUCUUCGACUUGGAAAUGAUCCUACCACAUGGCGAAGUGACAUUUUGGACCUCUGGCAUGAUGUCAUUGAUCCUAGUAUUGCCACGGUCAUCCAUCUUGUUCAACCGCCUCCACCAUGUGCUAUGACGGAAUGUGUCCUUGCCCACUUGAUUUUGGAACAAUCCACACGACCACAACAUGAAGUUGGACUCAUCACUAUCCAUGUUCGUGAUCGUCAUGGUGACACCACCCGACAUGGAGCAUAUUCCCUACCCAACAUCAUGACGGAGCGCAAUGUACUGCAUUUGGCCGAAAUGUUCAUUUAUUGUCAAGCUCGACUUUGUGCAGUUCGACUUGGAGCAUUACCCUUUGGCCUUGCUGAUUGGGUUGAAAUUCCAAGAGCUGCGAGUCUUGUCAUUCACAUACGGCCUCUUAUCCUGCCAACGGAGGAGAAUGAUCACAUGGAGCUCAUGCAAAGGCCCAACACGAGAUGGCGACGUCAGACAGUUCCUGAGGAAGGACUGGCUACGUCGUCCAAUGCUCGACGAUGUGCCCGCUUCGUCUUCAAUCCGGGAGCUCCAGUAUUCAACCCGAUGAUGCCAAACCUGAACACAAUGUCAGAAGAGAUUCAAGAACUCCACCAACACUGGAUCAGGACCGCCUUUAGUUGGGAGGGCGAAACGGCCUCAACUAGGAUCCAAACAUGGUUCGUCGAUCAACACGACCAAAAUUUUUGGACAUGCACUCGGCCACGAACAGUCCGUCUUUACGAGGACUAUACGCAGUGGGAAGCCCAAAUCCGGCAGACGUGGCAGGAUCUUUUGAAUCCAGCAGCGCCAGCAAUCAUUCAGGUUGUGACUCCCACUCCUCUCAACACAAACAGAGAGACAGCUGCACACGUCCUCCUGAUCCAACGGCCACAUGAAGUCUUUGUCACCAUUUUGACUACAGUGGUUGGUCUUAGUCAUGCAAGGCGUGCUAUCACAAUGCAGCUUGCAAUCACCACUCAUGAACAUAUGUAUGUUCAGAACUUGCUGAUGGCACUGGGACUUGCUGGACGAUGCCUUGCGACAGGUGCAGCGAUGACAUGCCAGACGUGGUAUGAUCGGUAUCUCAUUCAACCAGGCACGGUCUUUCCUGCCCGCAAUGGCCAAGGACUUGUGAUUCAAAUGCACAGGCGACCUACCUACCAGGACAUGCGAGAUGGUACCAAUCUCUUGCAAACAAGGAUGCAGUCUAUCCAUCGUGAGCGCCAAACACAUGGGCAGGUGGCUCACACCCAUGGGCCACGAUCGGACACACUACCCUCCACACCGUCCAUUUUGGAAGAGGAUCUGGAGCCACCUUUCUCUGCCACAGGUAUUAUCUAUGUCCACUGGCCGCCGACAUAUGGAUCUUCCACCCAAAUUCCGCACUUUGUGGAGGUUGAGGCCCCAGGUACACCUGAACAAGUUCGACAAGAGUUUCGCAGUAUGGGAUAUGAAGGUGAAGCAUUCUCAUGUGGCCAACACGAUGCCGUCUAUUUUCAUCCAUGCAUCUUCCAUCAUGAAAUGAUGCACAUCUACUGCAACCAGGAUACGACAGCCAAAAAUGGCAUUCAUGUACAACGUGGAACUCCUGCGGAUGAUGACAUCACUCAUAUGAAGAUCCUACAUCGGAAGGGCUUCCGCAAAGCUGUGAUUACGCAGAGAGAGCAAGUCAAUGCCUAUGUCACGAUCUUGCACUUUUGCAACGUGGAGCAAAGCAUGAAGAUGAUUGCCGACCGCCAAGGUUUUGAUCGACCACGAACUGAUCAUGUCAUUGAAAUUGACUGUCAAGAGCUUCAAGCAUUUUUCAAUGCGCCGCCUCUGCAGUUGAUCACAGACAUCACACCAUAUGAAGUACCGGACUUCAUACAAGAGGCCAUUGCGCAAUGCCGGCCACUUCCUCGACAUGACAGACUGGUCAUCUAUGCCGAUGGAUCCUCACAGAGCAAAAAAAGACAUUGUUCGCCUCUAUGGACUGACCUGCAUGAAGCGAGUGACUCCUGGUGUUUUGCUGUCUUUGCGGAGCAGUACGCGGACCAAGAUGCCACCUCAGAGCGAAACCUGGAGUUCAUCGGCCUGACUUGUCAACAGAUCCUCUAUGAGCCAGACCGUCCCCACCAUGUCGGUACAGACCACAUCGGCUCCGAUGCAGCAGAAACAGAAGCGUUGUUGUGGAGCGCUAUUUGGCGGCUUGCGCAGAACCAUCGGCUCCCGACAACUUUUGUGACUGACUCCCUCUUGGUUGGUGGUCAAGCUUCUGGGACUCUUGGUACGAGUUCACCGAGUACUCCGUUCUGUCAUCUUCGGGCUGCCUUUCAGGCGCUAGAAGCCAUCUUGCCAGAGGACCAUUUGCGAGUCUCCCAUACACGCAGUCAUGCAGGAGAGCCAUACAAUGAACUGGUAGAUCAUUUUGCCAAGCUUGAAGGACGAGACAGUCAGUACCUCCCACGACAGCAGAUCAACAUGCCCACUUUUGGACGCAUUUUGCGCGUACUCUGGAUGAUAUUGGCACAGGAUGAUGUGGCCUUGAGUUUUGCAACAGCAAAUGUUCGCACCUUUUACAAGGGCGAUGAUGGCACACCUGGCAAGUUGCACUAUGUGCGAGAGCAAUUCAAACAUCUUCGACUCCACUUUCUUGGUUUGCAGGAGACUCGCACCACGACCUGUUCUACGACCGCAGCAUCGGUUCUUAGACUGGCCAGUGGAGAUCAUCAAGGACACCAAGGAGUGGAGCUCUGGGUGAACCUUGACCAACCAUAUGGAUGGCAAAAUGGUCGACCUCCUUAUUUCACAAAGAAAGACAUUGUUGUCACCUCAGCCAACCCAAGAUCUUUGCUCGCUCGCGUUCACAAUCAGCACUUGGACUUUAUGGUGGCUGUUAUCUAUGCUCCGCAAAGUGGUAUCUCACAAUCAGAGCGUGCUGACUGGUGGAAUGAUGCAAUGAUCAGCAUUCAGGAAGCGGUGCAAGACAAAGAUCUAGUCCUUCUCAUUGAUGCAAAUGCGGCCUCUGGUGAACAAGAUGCUCGACACGUUUUCCAGCAGGAUGACAAGAGCACCAGCGGCACCGGUUUCCUGCGAGACCUCCUUGAAACACAUUGCCUCUGUCUCCCAGCCACCAGCGAUCGACACCAAGGGGAACAACAAACAUGGCUAUGCCCGGCAACACAACAGGGACAUCGCAUUGAUUAUGUGGCUAUCCCCAUCUCAUGGUUUCCUUCGUGUACCACCUCCAGAACGAUACCGGAGCUGGACCUGGGCAACAUUGGGGAUCACACAGCUGUUGGACUGGAAGUGCAAUGGUAUCAAUUUUCUUCACACAGCCCAUCGAAUGGACACAGCGCCAGAGGCUAUGAUCGCACUGCUAUACCCCACAGAAAGCUUGGUAAGCAGCUCCGCGACUAUGUGCCUUUAGAAUGGGCCACGGACAUUGCAACACAGGUUGAACAUUGCAAUCAACAUCUUGUCCAGACACUACAAAGUCACUGUCCUCAGCGCAAAACUGGCCCCAAAAAGCCUUUCAUCACAGAGGAGAUGUGGGCACUCCGUGCGCAGAAACUGCAAGCUGGUCGCCGACUUCGUCAACUCCGUUGUAUGCAGGCCAGAGAAUCGCUCGUGAGAGCUUUUGCCUGUUGGAGACACCCGGAGAUAGAUGUUCCUGGAGAGACCUUUGCCACAUCUUUACAAUGUGCACUUCUCAAACAUGGAGUUCAAUUUCAGCGUUCCAAUUCUGCUCUUCGACGGGAGCUGCGCAAAGCGCGAGGACAAGCCCUUCAAGAUGCAGUUUUGACACUACCUCCUGAGUGCCCUGCAAGUGCUAUCCUGCAAGCUCUCAAGCCUUUGGUUGGACCCACAAAUAUGAAACAUCGCAGAGAGAUGCCACUUCCAAUGGUCAAUGAUGAAGAUGGACGUCCCUGUCGCACUCCACAGGACCUGACUGACCGAUGGGCCAACUUCUUUGGAGCCAUGGAAGGGGGGGACCAGAAUGGAUGCAAGGCGACUGAGAAAUCUGUGGAAGCAGAAUCUCCAGGAGACAUUCCAACUCUUGUUGAUCUGGAGCGAGCCUUUCGACGAGUUCGACCAGGCAAGGCUAUUGGAGCUGAUGACAUUCCGCCAGAGUUAUGUCACUGCCAGCCUAUGACCAUGGCGAGACUCACAUACACACAGAUGCUGAAGCUCCUUGCGCACGGCCAAGAAGCACUACUCCAUAAAGGAGGUCUUCUCGUGUCAGCGUGGAAGCGCAAAGGUGCACAACAAGAAUGUAGCUCAUACCGCUCAUUGUUGAUCAGCUCCCAUGUGGGGAAGACUCUCCAUCGGGUGAUUCGAGAGCAACAAUCCAGCUUGUAUGAACGCUUCCUUCAGAGAAGCCAGAUUGGGGGCCGCAAGCAAGUGCCUGUUGGACUAGGUGUCCAUCAUGUCAGAGCGUCGCUUAGACGUGCCAAACAGCAACGAGAAUCAUCAGGAGUCAUUUUUCUCGAUUUGCAGGAAGCAUUCUACCGCGUCAUUCGCCCUCUUGCGGUAGGUGGCCUACUCUCAGAUGCGGUUUUGGGCCAGAUUGCUGCUCGCUUGAACCUCGAUGAUCAAGUUCUCCAUGAUCUCCAUGAACUUUUGCAGAGCCCAUCUGCCACGGAACUUGCGGGUCUACCCCAACAUCUUCAAGUUGCACUUCGGGCCUUGCACACUGAUACGCACUUUUGGGUUGCUGGUCAGACUGACUACGUGCGGACUGCAGUUGGUACCAGACCCGGUGACCCGUUCGCCGAUGUGGUGUUUGGGUACAUGUUCUCUCGCAUCCUCAAAUCGGUCGAGACUCAAAUGGAACAAGCCGACCUGAUUGAACAUUUCGAGGAUGCCGAGACCAAUGGCCUUUUUCCAAGUGCCAGGACACCGACAAGGCCUAUGCCCUUUUUAGGGCCAACAUGGAUGGACGACUUGUGCAUAACAAUUUCAGCAUCCACUGCCCAUGCCAUUGAGACCAAGACUGGUGUUGCAUGUGGAAUACUUUUGGAUGCUUGUCAACGUCAUGGGGUCACACCAAACCUUCAGCGAGGGAAAAGUGAGAUCUUAUUUGCUUUUAGAGGUAAAGGAUCAAGACCACUACGCAACAAGUACUUUGGCCCGUCCACUGCAGGCAAGAUGAUCAUUUUGACUGAAGGAGGCAGCAAAGAGAUUGUGGUUGUCGGACACUAUCAGCAUCUAGGUGGACUCAUUCAUCACAGUGGAGAGACGCGCCAUGAGAUGAGAAAGAAAGUUGCUCACGGUCACCAGACCUUUACACAGCAUCGGAAGACUCUUUUCCAAAAUGGGCAUCUGCCUUUGCUGAAGCGUAGUGAGCUGUUCCAGACCCUGGUGGCCAGUAAGGUCACAUAUGGGACAGAGUCUUGGACACUCAUGGACAAGAUCAACAAGCUGUAUUUCCACAGUGCUUACAUGCGGCUCUAUCGCAGACUGCUGAAAGCUCCACAUGACAAACCUAUUUCUGACGAGGAAGUUUCAGUCAUUCUUGGCCUUCCACUACCGACUACAGUGCUACGAGUAGCCAGGCUUCGAUACCUUGCUCUUCUUUACAAGUGUGAGCAUGUCACACCAUGGGCUGUCUUGAGAGCGGACUCGCAGUGGAUGGCUUUGAUCUGCGACGAUCUGCAGUGGCUUUGGGACCUCGUUUGCUCUACCACGAAGCUCCCUGCACCACGGGAUCAUUUUGGCCCAUGGGAGAAUGUGCUCCGCUACCAUCGCACGUAUUGGAAGAGACUUCUUCAACGAGCAGUGCGACUUGAAAUUUUGCAUGCGGAAGAUCGUCUUCUCCUUCUACGUUUACACCGAGAUGCUUUUGGAUUCUUGACAGAGAAGGGCCCACUGGCAUAUCGACCGCAGCUAUACCAACAAGCUCCUGCGCAAGACCAUCAGAUCUUUGGAUGCAUGAACUGCAACAAGCGAUUCAAGAGUCAUGGAGGAGAAGGCGCUCAUCUCUGUCGAGCUCAUGGCAUUGUGGCGCCAGUCCGACGGCUCUAUGAUGGAACGACUUGUCCAUCCUGUUUGAGGGAGUAUCACACCUUUGCCAAACUUCAACAGCAUCUGCGAUGCACUGCGCAAUGUCGACAUCUACUUCAAGGACAACGCCAACAUGAGGCACCUGCGCCAGGCAAGGGAUCUCUUGCCAAUGAGCGACUCCAUCGAGAACAUGAUGGACUUGUGCCCACCUUGCAAGCGCAAGGACCUAAAGACACGCGUCAGCGACCACGUGCUGAUGAAAAUUUUUGUGGCAGUCUUUAUGGAGAUCUGGUUUCGGCAUGUUUUGAUCAUCAAGAUCACCCAGAACGAGAUCUCUUCCAAGAACUCUAUGGGCGCAUCCAGACCCACCCAGUGAGCUGGACGAUGACCAAAAGGACGCUACAUCAUAUUGCAGAGUCCCUUACGACCGAAGAUGCAGACUUGGCCCACAUCGACCUCAUGGAGUGGAGACAGUUGCUCUAUCGACUGGCAGACUUCCGUCAGUGGAGUUUCCUUGCUGCUGAUUUCUGCGCAGAAUCGAUGGACCAAGAUCUCACGCUAUCGCAUUAUGAAGAUUGGUGCAGAGAGCUACAGACUCAUGAUCCUCCACGCUGUGUCGAGCAGGCGGUUCCUCGCGUCCAUUUUCAAGAACGUGUGGUGGUGCAUGCCUACUCAGGUCGCAGGCGCUAUGGGGAUUUCCAGUGGUACCUCGACGCCACUGCGGAGCGAGCCGGCAUUGGGAUGCUCUUUGUGGUGUCACUCGAUCUGGUGAUUGACAAACAAUGGGGUGACAUUGGCAGACCGGAGUCGUACCAAUUCUGGACGAAUGCCAUUCGCAGUGGAUACGUCCUUGGAAUGCUUGGGGGUCCACCCUGCUGCACAUGGUCUGCAGCGCGGGGCAAAGUGGAUCUGGCCAUGCAACGACAGGGCAAGACUGGGCCCCGGCCCAUUCGAUCUGCCGAGGAUCUUUGGGGAUUCUGGUCACUCUCUCUUCGUGAGAAGCGCCAGAUCAUGGAUGGCCACAAGCUCCUUGCGUUUAGCAUCAUCUGCAUGAUCCUACUUGAUGAGGUCGACGGUAGCGGAAUCAUGGAGCAUCCUGCAGAACCCUCAGACCCGAGUAGCCCGAGUAUUUGGAAGCUUCCUCUUAUUCAGCUACUGCUGACCUUGCCGGGCUUCGAGAAGGUGACCUUUGCGCAGGGCCUCCUUGGUGCUGACAGUGCCAAAAGUACGACGCUUCUGGCACUUAACUUGCCCUCGCUGCCUCUCCAUCUUCGAGCUAACGCAAUCAGUGCAGAGCUUCCUCGCGGACGAUCAAUUGGACUUGACCAAGAGGGUCAUUUCCGCACUGCGGUACUCAAGGAGUAUCCGCCGGCACUGUGCAGCGCUUUGGCUGCCAGUUUUGCCACCUUUUUAGCAUCUGCCCCGAUGCCAUGCAGCAAGCACCACAUCCCAGCUGAUGUAAAGGAGAAAAUCCUAGCCAUGGUGAGCACAGAUUUCACAUCCACCAUAGGUCCGGAUUGUGCUAAGGGAUAG